AUGUUCGCCCGCUCCGUCCUUCGAAAGGCCCUGGCCCUGCCAUUCGAGCAGACCCCAUCAUCAACCACUCUCUUCCGGGCCACUCUCUCCACGACAACGUCGACAUCGACAUCGACAUCGUCAAAACCCGAGUCCCCACUGAGCGCAUCGCCCCGUGCCCAAUCCAACAACCCCACACACCAACAGCACCAACUCCCCGUCACACCCUCCUCCGCCGCCAGCACACCCGCCUCAACACCCUACACAACCCCCCAGACCUCCAGCCACAUCCCAACUCAGAAACAACCACUCCCCCCAACCUUCGAAGCGCCCCUGAAAGUCACAAGCUCCCUUCUCGAGCUCCUCCCGCACCUCACCGCGCAACGAGCGCACUACAUCACCGCGCACGUCCACGCGAAGCCCUACCUCGUGACCGCAGGCGACCACCUGCGUCUGCCGUUCCUGAUGGCCAAUGUGCAGCCCGGUGAUGUGAUUCGGCUGAACCGGGCGAGUGUGAUUGGUUCGCGGGACUUUACGCUCAAGGGGAAGCCGUAUAUUGAUGAGCGGAUGUUUGAGUGUCGGGCAAGGGUUGUGGGGGUUGAUUCGGAGCCGAUGCGGUACAAGGAGAAGACGAAGAGGAGGCAGAGGCAUGUGCGGACGAUUAAGAGCAAGGAGCGGUAUACUAUGUUGAGGAUUAUGGAUGUUAAGGUUAAGACCAAGGAGGAGCUGGUGCAGGAGGGGGCUGUUGUUGUUGAGGGGCAGGAUCAGGCGACAUUGGAGGUCAAGUCGUGA